AUUUCCAUUUCCAUUUCCGAUUUUCUCUGCCUGAUUAGUCUCAUUUCCGCUGAAUCUGCAUUUGACGCAUGCCUGCGUUGCGUACCUUCUAUUUUUAUUGAUUGCUUGAAAUGGGAGGGAGUCAGAGAUGAGAAAUGAUAUGGACCCGACGGGUGGGACAUGGCAGUACAGGCGACGGCGGACGGGGUUGCCGCAGGAUGAUAGAUUGAGCGCUUUGCCUGACGACGUGCUGCACCGAAUUCUGUCCCGACUUGAUUUUCUUGAUGUGGUGAGGACAUGUGUGCUGUCUAGGAGAUGGAGGUAUCUUUGGGCAUCGUCGCCGAACUUGAACUUCGACGUCGAUUGGUUUCACCGCCAUAAUACUGGAAAGUUUCCCGCCUCUCUGGAUUUGCAUCGAAAGUUUUGGGAUUUUAUCAAGUGGUGCUUGCUUAUGCGCGACGAAGAGUCGCAACUCACAAGAUUGUGUGUGAGUAUCAACUGUACAAUGGCUGCCCAAUUAAAUAUGCUCCUUCAAGUUGCUGGCAAGAGACGGGUAAGAGAACUCCAGAUUCUGAAUGGAGACUAUUCGGUUACUCCUUUGAACUUCCCCCGUCAUCUUUGCGAAUCACUGACGAAGCUUACCCUGAAUUUUCGCGAUGAUAUACCUAUCCAUGUUUCAUCCAAGUUCUGUAACCUCACUAGUCUUCACCUAACAAGAGUUGGCUUGCCAUCAUGUGCUAUUUCAAAGAUCUUUUCAAGUGAUUGUAUUAAACUUGAGGAGAUCCACCUGGAAGAUUGUCAAAUUGGAAAUGUACUUCAGAUCGACAUUAUCGCUAGUCAUCUAAAGUACAUGACUAUCGUUAAUGUUAGCACUACUGAAGGUGCAUUGUGGUAUGUAGGUUCAUUUGAUACUCUGAUCAAGAUUUCUGCGCCAAAUCUGUUGUCCUUUAGCUAUGUUGGCCCAUUGCUGCGUGGGCUCGUCUUUGAGGACACUACAUCUCUGGAUAAGGUCACAAUCCGCCUUCUACGUGUACCCAUACAGAGCCAGUACAAGAACCACUUAUAUUGUCCUGCAAGAUUUAUUGGGCUUAAUCAUGCCAAAACUUUGAUAUUGUCCUCUUUUGUUGUCAAGCACUUCUCUCGAGCAUAUAAUAAUGUUUCAUGGGACUCUUUUAUAUUGGACAAAGUGACCAGUCUGGAGGUGGAAAUAAAAUACAGUGCCUUUCAUAUUGAUGGGCUAGUCAACUUGAUGAAGUUCACGCCAAACCUUGAAACACUUUUUAUCAGAUUUAAAGUGGGUAAGCGGGGUGGUUGGUCACGGACUAGGAAAAGGAAAGGAUAUGUAGAAAUUCCUUGGGUAUUAAGGGUGGAGGAUAUACCAUGCUUGUCUCAUCAGCUUGAAGUCAUUCGGAUUUCUCACUUAAAUGGUGAAGAAAAUGCGCUUGAGUUGCUGAAGUUUUUACUUCUGAAUGGGAGAGUUCUGAAGAAGAUGGAAAUUCCGCAUGUGACUAACGAAGUUAAGAGGAGAUAUUUCAGCAAGUCAGCAAAGCUAGAUAAAGCAUCCUCUGAUGUUGUCAUUUCUUUCCCCAAGCCUUACAUAAGGGCAGUUCCUUGGUUUGAUAAAUAUGACUCUGAUGCAGAAUAGGUGAUUCCGGAGAUCAAGGAAAUGUGUUUCAGAAGACAAAUGAUCAUGGAAGACAACAUCUCAGGGAAAUGCAAGUUCUAAUUCAUCUUUGUUCUUUAUGUUAUUCAUGUGUGGAUCAUUAUGACAGUUUUUCAUUAAGAAGCUGAUGUUGCUAUAUUUGGUACAACAAUUUAAAGGUAACCCUAGUCCUGUAUGAAAGGUCCAAAAUUAAUUCAUUGAGGUGUUGUCAAAUGCAACCUAAUGGGGACAAUCCUAAGGAACGUUUUGGAGAAGCAAGGACUUGAACCAAUGACCUUUUGUUUUGGUUAAUGGAGCUCUUUCUAAUCAAGAUCGCUUCCAAUGGGUCUAAACAUAUUAUGCAGUGCAAGCAGUCCAGCCAGCAUUUUAAGUUCAUUCUGUAUCCAUCCUAUCAGCACUCUUGGCUUUGAGAGAUAUGUAUAUAAAAAAAUGCCGGUUUUACGUAUGGAUUUUGGCUGCAAGUUAAAAUUUAGACCACAAGGUAUGUUUGUUAUUUGAUUGCUUCAGUUAUCUGAACAUUAAUGAAGUUAUCUAAAUUCUAGGAUAUCAAUGUUUGAGUUGUGUUUCGUUGUAAAAUAUAGACUCUACUUUGUUUUAGGCACAUGAUGUGGCUCUAUUAGUUCAAUUGCCCCUAGAAUUGUUUUGGAUGCCUCAAGGUUUUAUCAUUAAAAAGGUGCUUCUUGAUAAUUUUGUUUUCCGACAUAAUUGUUGAUGAACUCUUGUGUUUAAACCCCACCUUCACUCAUUAUUAUAAAAAGAAAUUUGUAUGGAAGCGUUCAUGGAAAAAUCACUUAUUAUUACUAAACUCGAGUUAUUGAAGUUAUGUGAGAUUUGUACAUAGUUAUAUGGCAUCUUUUGCUCUAUUAUAUUUGAAGGAUGUUUUAUGGCUCUUGGGUCUAUAGAUUAUUCCGUGGGUAAUAGAAGGUGUUUCUAGAGUAGAACACGGUAGAUGAAUCCUGUAACCUGUAGUUAACAUGUUUUGAAGAAUGGGCAAGGUGACUUGCAUUGGUCUCUUGUUGCAUAUUCGUUUGCCUUAUCAGUGAGUUUGGGCAAUCUUGCCUUGGGGAUCCUAACUAUCAAUUUUCAGAUCCAUGCACCCAUUUUUUUGUAGAAACUUGCUUAUCACUAGCAUAUAUGUAUUGCAUUUCUUCUCUAAAUACAUUUGCGUUGACGGUCAAUUAUACAUGUGGUUCAGGGUGUUUCAUGCCUUUUUUACACAGAAAACACUAGUAUGUUGAUUUAGUGUCAUAUGUAUUAACGAGAUUUUGAUGCAUGUGUUUCAUGUCUAUUUUGACACAACCAUACAAUGUUAAUAUUCUAAACAGGCAUCCCACAGUCAAGGCUAAUAUUCUAUUAAAAAUAUUAAUAAUCAUAUGUGUGUUUAUUAUGUGUUCGUGUACCCGACUUUUUUGAGUAUCCAAUCCAUCAGAAUUGUGAAGCCGGGUACGUGACAUAUCCUACAUUGCAGCAGGAAUAUUUAGUAGCAAAAAAUGCUACUGAAAGUUUGUUAUUGUUUGUUCUCUUGAGUCUGUUUAGUGAUUAUAGGAUUGUGUUUUGUGAGUUGGGGAAUUGUAAAAGUAUUAUAAGAAAUUAUGUUUUGUGUGUUUUUGUUAGCUUGUGUUUUUUUGUUGACUUUUAUUUUCAUGUAAUAUCUAUUGUAUAUUAUAUUUUAUAUUUUUGGAUAAAAUUUUUGGGACUUACGUAGAUUAAAUACAUUAAAUUAACAUACUCGUUUUUGUUUUUGCACAAAUUUUACUGCUCAUUUUUUAAAGAACAUCAUAUCCAACACUUAUUUUCAAUAUGAAACAUCACGAUAUCCAUUAUUCUAUCUCAAUAUUCACAAAACACAGCAUACACCCUUAAUAUCUGAUUCAAAGUACCUGAUUAUAUAGGGUGUGUUUGCUUGGUGUUUGAUUUUGAUUUAAAUAAUGAUUGAAUGUGAUGUUUUAUGAAAGAAAAUAAUAUAAUUUUACAUGAGGGUUGCAUAGUAGUGUAAGAAAAAAAUUCCGAAGUGGGCGCAGAUAAUUACCAAUAUUUUUUUGAAUACAAAUAUUAUUCAUUUAAUUUUAUAUUAAUUUAAAAUAAAAAUUAUAUUAAAUAUUAUAAUUAAUUUAAAUUAAAUUAAAUAAGAAAAUAAUAAGAGUUGCAGGAAAUAGGGUUGCCACCGUGCUGACAUCUUUCAAAAGUUUAAGAAAUAUAUAUAUAUAUAUAUAUAUACAUUUUUCAAAAGUUGCCUUUCCAAAAUUAUGGUAACUCGGCAUUUUAGAUGCCAUUUUACCAUGCUUUUGUAUUUUUUUGUUUUCAAUUUUUUGUAAAAUUUAUGUGAACCCAUGCAACAAUGGGCAAACAUAGUUGAAGGACGAUGUAUUUAAUACAAAAUCCUUAUUGUAGCAUCAAAUAAAUUUUUAUACCACAUUGCAACUUCAUUAGUGUCAACAUUGCAUGAUUGUUGAGUGCUUUAGAUGACUAGCGAUAACGAUGAUCUCUUCAACAUUUCAAAAUUGACAAUCAUCCAAGUGGACCUUCUCAAACCCCAGACAUCGGUAUUGUUGACGGAUUGGGUAUCCCGGUUUAUUUCUGAAUCAAGCCGUUGCUCCAUUGCAAUGCGUUUGAUAUGGCUAUGAUACGGAGGACAUGACCGUCUAGGCAAUGAGGGACUGGUUUCUACCAAGUAAUAGAUUGAGUACAUUGCUUCGUAACAUGUUGCGCAGAAUCUAUCUUGACUUGAUUUUCCUGAUGUGGUGAUGACUUCUGUGUUGUCGAAGGAUGGAAGUAUCUUGCGGCGUCUAGUUGUACUUGAACUUUGAUGUGGAUUCGUUCACAAGAAUAAUUGUGAAAGGUUGCCCGGGGAUCUUGAAUGUGCAUGACAAGUUUUGGGAUUUUAUCAAGUGGUGUUUGCUUAUACACGACAAAGAGUCCCCACUCAUAAGGUUGUGUGUGAGCAUCAAAUGUACAAUGGCUACUCAAUUCAGUCACUUCAAGGCAGCGCUAAGGGAAAAAGAAAAAAGAAAAAGAAGGUAGCGCUAACAGAGCUACGGGAACACUACAUCGUGAUGAUAUCCCUAUUCAUGUUGCAACUGCAUUCCGUAAACAUGAGGAGGUCUACUUGGGGAUUAUCAAAUUGAAAAUGUUGAAUAGAUCAACGUUAUCUCUGGUCAUCUUAAGCAAUUAAGAAUUGUGGGUGUUCGUACUACUGAAGGUGCAUUGUGAUAUAGUGAUAUAUUUGAUGCUUUAACUAUGUUUCCCUGCAUGAGUUCAUUUUUGUGUACAGAGUAUCUUUAAACAGACCACAAUCUGCCUUCCGCAUUUAUCUUUGCAGCGUCAUUACUAGCACCACUUACUUUGCCCUGCAAGGUUUGAUGGGCUUAAUCAUGCCGGGACUUUGAUUUUUGUCCUUUGUUGUUAUCAAGGAAAUAUACUUCCGCUGCUGAAGUUUUCACUAUGAGUGGGAGAGUUCUGAAGAAGUUGGAAAUUCCACAUGUGACUGACAGACGUUAAGACGAAAUAAAUCAACUAGUGAGCAAAGAAUAGGUGACUGCAGAGCUCAAGGGGAAUUUCUGCAUUAACUACAAAUUGACCUCAAACCCCAGACAUCUGUAUGGUUGACGGAUUGGGAAAUCCCAGUUUAUUCCUGAAUCAAGCCGUUGCUCAAAAUUUUUGAUAUGGGUAUGGUACAGAGGACAUGAUCGUCUAGGCAGUGAGGGGUGGGGUUUGGACCAAGUAAUAGAUUGAGAGCAUUGCUUCAUGACGUGUUGCACCGAAUCUAUCUUGGCUUGAUUUUCCUGAUGUGAUGAUGACCUGUGUGCUUCCGAAAAGAUGGAAGUAUCUUGGGGCUUUGUAGUUUUACUUGAAGUUUGAUGGGGGUAAGUUCACAAGAAUAAGUGGGAAAGGUUGGCCGGGGGUCUUGGAUGUGCAUUGCAAGUUUUGGGAUUUUAUCAAGUUGUGUUUGCUUAUACACGACGACGAGUCCCCACUCAUAAGGUUGUGUGCGAACAUAAAAUUUAGAAUGGUUACUCCAUCAAGUCACUUCAAGGUAGCGCUAAGAAAAAAAAAAAAAGAAAAAGGUAGCGCUAAGAGAGCUAACAGACUGUACAUUGUCAAUGGGGGCUAUUCAGUUACUUCUCUAUGUUUUCCCAGUCAUCUUUGAGAAUCAUGGGCAGCUUACCUUGAAUUUUUGUGAUGAUAUCCCUAUCCAUGUUGCAACUGCAUUCCGCAACCUUAGUAGUCUUCUCCUAUGGAGAGUUGGUUUGCUUCCAUGAUACAUUUAGAAGAUAUUCUUGGGUGAUUAUAAUAAACAUGAGGAGGUCUACUUGUGGAUGAUCAAAUUGAAAAUGUUGGACAGAUCAACGUUAUCUCUGGUCAUCUUAAGCAAUUAAGAAUUGUGGAUGUUCGUACUUCUGAAGAGCCAUUACAAGGACCACUUACGUUGCCCUGCAAGGUUUGAUGGACUUAAUCAUACCGGGACUUUGAUUUUGUCCUUUGUUGUUAUCAAGGAAAUAUACUUCAGCUACUGAAGUCUUUACUUAUGAGUGGGAGAGUUCUGAAGAAGUUGGAAAUUCAACAUGUUACUGCAGACGUUAAGUGGAAAUAUUUCAACUUGUCAGCAAAGCUACAUAAAGCAUUCUAUUGACGUAAUUUCUUUCCCUAAUCCUUACAUAAGGCCACUGGCUUUGUUUGAUAACUUUGAAUCAGAUGCAGAAUAGGUGACUGCAGAGCUCAUGGGUAAUUUCUGCAUUAACUACAAAGUAUCAUGUCCACAUGGGAAUUUUUUUAUAGCCACUGCAUUUGUAGAAGCAAACAAAUGCUUUGUAUCGGUGGAAACUUUUUAUUAGGAUAUAGGGUGCCUGUUUCUAUUAGGUCCAAGUCAUUCGGUUUUCCCAUGUAAUUGGUGCAGGAAAUAUACUUCAGCUGCUGAAGUAUUUACUUAUGAGUGGGAGAGUUCUGAGGAAGUUGGAAAUUCCACAUGUGACUGAAGAAGUUACAAGAGGAAAUAGUUCAACUAGUCAGCAAAGCCAUGUAAAGCAUCCACUUGACAUCGAAAUCUCUGUCCCUAAUCCUUACAUAAGGCCAGUUCUUGGUUUGAUAAAUUUGAAUCAUAUGCAGAACAGGUGACUGCAGAGCUCAAGGGUAAUUUCUGCAUUAACCACAAAGUAUGUCAAAUUUUCAAUACCAAUUUUAAUUUUAUCCCUCUAUUUUUAUGAUCAUUUCAUGAAAUUCAUUCAGACACCCUAUCACAUUCUUUUGAUUUUCUCUAAAUACAUUUGCUUUGUCAGUUAAUUAUACAUGUGGUUCAGUGUGUUUCAUGCCCUUUUAAUGGAGACAACUAUAGUAUGUUGAUUUUGUGUCAUAUGUAUUAAAUGCAUGUGUUUCAUGUCUAUUUUGACAGAGUCAUACAAAGAGUCAAGGCUAAUAUUCUAUUAAAAAUAUUUAAUGUUCAUAUGUGUGUUUAUUAUGUGUUUGGGUACCUGACGUUUUUUAGUAUCCAAUCCAUCAGAAUUGUGAAGUUACGCGACUUUUCAUACAUUGCAGUAGAAUUGUGAGUUGGGAAUUGUAAAAGUAUUAUAAGAAAUUAUGUUUUGUGUGUUUUUGUUAGCUUUUUUGUUUUUUUGUUGACUUCUAUUUUUAUGUUAUAUAUAUUGUAUAUUAUAUUUUAUAUUUUUGGAUAAAAGUUUUGGGAAUUAUAUAGAUUAAAAACACUAAAUGAACAUACUCGUUUUUGUGUUUACAAGCAAAUUUUACUGUUCAUUUUUUCAUAAAAUCAUGCCCAACACUUUUUUUAAAUAUAAAACAUCACAUCUAUCCAUUAUUCUAUCUUAUAUUCACAAAACACAGAAUACACCUUUAAUAUCUUAUUCAAACUACCUGAUUAUAUAGGGUGUGUUUGCUUGGUGUUCUAUUUUGGAUUUUGAUUUAAAUAAUCAUUGGAUGUGAUUUUUUGUAAGAAAAAAUAAUAUAUUUUUACAUAUGAGGUUUGCUUUGUAAUGUAAGAAAAAAAUUCCAAAGUGGGCGGAACUGUAGGUAAUUUACCAAUAUUUUUUUUAAUAUAAAUAUUAUUCAUUUAAUUUAUAUUAAUUUUAAAAUCAAAAUUAUAUUAAAUAUUAUAAUUUUUAAAAAAAAUUAAAUUAAAUAAAAAAAUAAUAAAAGUUGCACGAAACAGGUUUCCCAUCGUGGUGACAUCUUGCAGAAGUUAAAGAAAUAUAUAUACAUAUAAUAGUAAAACAUGAAGUUGUCUUUCAAAAAUUAUGGUAACUUGCAUUUUAAAUGCCAUUUUACCAUAAUUUUGCAUUUAAGCCAACUUCCUAUACUUUUGUAUAUUUUUUGUUUUCAAUCCUUUGUAAAAUUAAUGUGAACCCAUGCAAUAAUGGGCCAGCAUAGGUGAAGGACGACGUAUUUAAUACAAAAUCCUUAUGGUAAGCAUCAAAUAAAUUCUUAUACCACAUUGCAUCAUUAGUGUCAACAUUGCUUGAUUGUUAAGUGCUUUAGAUGACUAGGGAUAACAAUGAUCUGUUCAAUAUUUCGAAUUGACAAUCAUCCAAGUGGACCUUCUCAAACCCCAUAUAUCUGCAUUGUUGACGGAUUGGGUAUCCCGGUUUAUCUCUGAAUCAAGCUGUUGCUCCGUUGCAACACUUUUGACAUGACUAUGACACGGAGGACAUGACCGUCUAGGCAGUGGGGGAUGGGGGUUCUACCAAGUAAUAGAUUGAGUACGUUGCUUCAUGACAUGUUGCGCCGGCUCUAUCUUGGGCUCUUUGUAGUUGUACUUGAACUUUGAUGUGGAUUCAUUCACAAGAAUAAUUGUGAAAGGUUGUCCGGGGGUCUUGGAUGUGCAUGGCAAGUUUUGGGAUUUUAUCAAGUGGUGUUUGCUUAUACACAACGAAGAGUCCCCACGCAUAAGGUUGUGUGUGAGCAUCAAAUGCACAAUGGCUACUCAAUUCAGUCACUUCAAGGUAGCACUAAGAAAAAAAAAAAAUAGAGAAAAAAAAGGUAGCCCUAAGAGAGCUAAGAGAACUUCUGUAUGUUUUCCCCGGCAUAUUUGAGAAUCAUGGGCAGGUUACCCUGAAUUUUCAUGAUGAUAUCCCUAUCCAUUGCAACUGCAUUCUGUAACCUUAGUAGUCUUCACCUAUGGAGAGUUGGUUGGCUUCCAUGUUCUAUUGAGGUCAACUUGUGGAUUAUCAAAUUGAAAAUGUUGAGCAGAUCAAUGUUAUCUCUAGUUAUUUUAAGCAAUUAAGAAUUUUGGGUGUUCGUACUGCUGAAGGUGCAUUGUGAUAUAUAUUGAUAUAUUUGAUGCUUUAACUAUGUUUUACUAUAUGAGUUCAUUUUUGUGUACAGGGUAUCUUUGAACAGGCCACAAUCUGCCUUCUGCAUUUACCCGUGCAGAGUCAUUACAAGGACCAGUUACUUUGCCCUGCAAGGUAUCAUGUACACAUGGAAAUUUUUUAUUGCCACAUCAUUAGUAGAAACAAACAAAAGCUUUGUAUUGGUGGAAACUUGUUUACAUGUACUUAGAGUGGGGGAGUUCUGAAGAAGUUGGAAAUUCUACAUGUUACUGCAGACAUUAAGAGGAAAUAUUUCCAUUAGCUAAAAAAGCUACGGAAAGCAUCCUAUUGACGUAAUAUCUUUCCCUAAUCCUUACCUAAGGCCAGUGUCUUGGUUUGAUAAAUUUGAAUCAGAUGCAGAGUAGGUGAUUGCAGAGCACAAGGUAUUGUCUGCGUUAACCACAAAGUAUGUCAAUACCAAUUUUAAUUUUAUCCCUCUAUUUUUACAAUCGUUUCAUGAGAUACAUUCAGACACCUCAUCGCAUAAAAUACGGUUUCAUAAUUAAUUACUGUUGAAUGUUGAAUUUGUUUGUUCUUAUGAUUAAUGUGCUCACAGGAUAAAUAUUGGAGCCACUUUCAUUUUUCUUAUACUAGUUAUAUCAUGAUUUUCUGUUCAUCAUUUAUAUAUUUACUCACUUUUUUUGCAGCUGUUUGAUUCAGAAUUCAAUACUUCUAGGAUGUGUAACUCAGAGAAAUUGCAAUGCUAAAUUAACUUUCUUCCAUUUAAAUUUCAAUUCUUUGGGUUUUAUUUCCUGCUGAAACUUGCUUCCAUAAUACUUAAUGUUUGGUGGCCCUGUGGUUUUAUUUGAUACUUUUUUGCAAUGUUUUUUCACUUUUUUUGCAAUGCAAAUUCAAAGCUAGAUCAUGUUAAUUCACGAUCACUUCAAGAUAUUUGGGUUUGAGUCAGGACGUCGGGUUGGAUUUCCCGACCUGACUCAAUGUUAGGAACUGAUUGGUAGUUUUUUUGUUAACGAAUUUGAGUCAAGCUGGUGUCGGAUCUUAGGUUGAGAACAUGAUACCCGAUUGGAUACUUGAUCGGAAGAAAUAUCUUCACCUAGCUCUCACACACACACACACACACACAUAUAUAUAUAUAUGCCGAGGAAUUGUAGCUCAAGCGGUUUAGUACUCUCAUUUGCAUAUGGAGGUGAUGGGGGUUCAAUCCCUGUAAAUUGCGCGAGUGUGUGGGUAAAAGUACUAUAUAUAUAUAUAUGAUAUAAGCCUUUCCCCCACUCUCACCAUCUUGCAAACUCACUCACCCUCUCUAAUCUUCAGUUUCUUCCUUCUCUCUCCCUCCAACUUCGCAGCUCUCUCUUGAUUUAGGUGAAAAACAAAUGCUGGAUUGAGGUAUGGAAAAAGGGCUGCAAGGUGAAAAUUAAAUUGAAAGAGAACUUGGGGUUGGUGGUUGUAUUUUGGCGUGUUUUAUAAAAUUAAAAUUUUCAAAUGUAAUGAUAUAAGUAAACAUUUAAUGUGAUGUUUUUAAAUAGAAAAAGAAUUUUGUAUUUAAUAUAUGAAAUGAAGAAUUGAUAUUUUGGUAGGAAAAUAAAAUAAGUCAUUGUAGAUAGAUAGUGAAGACGAGAAAAUAAUAACAAAACCGAGUGUUGUUCGAAUAUAAGUUUCCUCUGAACCUUCUAGUUGGAUUUCAUUAACUAUGUGGUUUGCAUUCUUUAAAUGCACAAACAAAGUGCGACAAACCUUCCUAUCUAUGCAGUAUUUGAACAAUGUAAUAUCUAAUUCGGUUUGGGAGCUGUCCAUUGUGAAGUAUUUUCUCUUCCACUUCAUGUAAUAGUUUACAUUGUGCGGCUUCAUUGUUUAAAUAGAACCCGUAUGUUGUUUUGAAUGCCAUAAGCUAACUGAUAAGUCUGUCCUCGAGGGGACAUGGCUUUCUUUGUCACAGGCUCACUUCUUGUAAUCUCCACCUGGUUUUACAAGAGCUCUGUUGACGAUAGGUUAGCUGGUGAUUUCUUUCGAAGAUAUGGUUGUGUGAUGGAUGGGAAUAAGCGUUUGGAGGCGUAGAUCAUAAGCGAAUGCAUUACAGGAUUUCUGCCAUCAAGAUAAGCUUGACGGUGAUGUGAUUUUUCCAAUUUGUGUGCAACAAUUUUUUUUUUAGAAAAAAUUAUGGAGAUUGAGGACCAUUUGUUGAGUGUCCAUGGACGAGUCGAAGUCUUUUCCAAUGGCUACAUACACUUUCUUAUCAAAUUCAUUGCAGCUGCUUCGGUUCGGUUUCUGCUCGGAUUCUCCAUUGGAUUGUUGUUGCAGAAGUAGCACCAUAGACAUAUACAAUGAGCAGGAUUGAAUGGAUGAAUGAAUCUUGAUUUGAUUUGGCAGACAUGAACUGCAAUUACAAAACAAAACACGGCCGUUUGGCAAUUAAAUACGGCCGUGUUUGUUUCGGAUUACAUAUAUAAUAUAUAUGUAUGCCUUUAUUUUUGUUGAA